AUGUAUGAUGAUAUCAGCACAUUCAAAGAAAUAGCUGCUUCUAAAGCACUCGAUAAAAUAAUUAUUUCAAUUCCAUCUUUUUCUUUUUCUGUUAUUGAAGCAGCAGCAUAUUUUGGUUCGGUGAACAUUUUCAAAUUCCUUCGUUCAGAGUUUCAAUUUAAAAUCACACACAAAUGUCCUGAAAUGUCAAUCAUAGGUGGAAACACGGAUAUUAUCAAUGAGUGCAUAAAGUUAGAUCAUUUUAUAUGGUCCAAAAUACGUACUGCUGCGAUUUGUCACAAUAAUGAAUUCCUUGAUUACAUGCUCAAUCAAGAAAAAUUCAAUCCUUCAAAUAUAAAUUCCUACCUUAUCAAAGACACUAUAAUUUCUCACAAUUUAAAACUUCUACUGCAAAUGCACAAGUGUGAUGCAGCUACUGUAAUUCCAUGGUGCACAGCAAUACCUCUGGCCUACACUUAUCUUAAAAAAGAAGAGCUCGAUUUUAGUAAUGUUGAUUACGAUGAUAAAUGCAAUCUUUUCCGUUAUGCAGUCGCUUAUAAUCAGAUUGAUAAUUGCAAGUUUUUAUUAAAUUCUGUUGAAGAUAAACAAUCUAUUUUAAGUUCAAAAGACAAUACGAAACAAACUGCGCUCCAUAUUGCUGCACAAAACAACUAUAAAGAAAUGGUGGAAUUUCUGAUUUCCCAAGGCAUUGAAAUUAAUGCAAUUGAUAAUUUUGGAAAAACUCCUUUACAUCAAGCCGCUUAUUUCAAUUUCAAAGAAAUAGUAAAUAUUCUUGUUUUACAUGGUGCUGAAAUCAACAGAAGAAAUAAUGAAAUGAAAACUCCCCUUCAAAAAGCAGCAGAAAACAAUUCAAUUGGUGCACUAGAAGUAUUACUUUCUCAUGGGGCAAACAUCAAUGAAAAGGACAAUCUUGGAAAAACUGCUCUUCAUUAUAUGAUUGAAUUUAAUAAUCAAAAAAUUGCAGAGAUGCUCAUUUCAAAUAAGGCUGAUAUCAAUGCAAAAGAUAAUGAUGGAUCAACACCUCUUCAUAAUGCUGUUGAAGCGAAUAAUAAAAAGACGGUUGCAUUUCUUAUUUCAAAAGGAGCUAAUAUCAAAAUCAAAAACAAAGAAAAGAAUACUCCACUUGAUCUUUCAAAGGAGUUUGAAAAUAAAGAAAUAAUUAAAAUCCUUUCAUCAGCAGAAAAGAAAGACUCUAAAAAGACGAAAAAGAAAUAG